ACCAAUGACAAAGCUGCUAUUUUGAAGCAUGAAUUCCAGGCGCGCAUGGAAUGGCUGUCUAGAUUAAAGUAAUAUAUUUCCAGUUGCCCUGGAGCUUGUGGAUCGGAAGUAGGCUUUGUAUUGAACUGGGUGGUCAGGUGACAGGAUGAAGCAGGUGGACGUUCGCGGUCCCAGCUACACGGUACCGUGUGAGGACUACGUGCACGCUGUGGAAUUCAACCCGUUCGACAGCGGCUCAGCCUCCUCCCUCCUGGCCUACGGGGGGAACCAGUACGUGGUGGUGGGAACCUGCCGGUUUCAGGAGGAGGACACAGAGGUGGAUGGGGUGGAGUUCACCGUUUUGCGCGCCUUUCAUCAUGGGAUACGCGUGGAUUCAUUCGCUUGGAGCCCUGAGACUCGACUGGACCAGCUUCCCCAGGUCAUCAGGUUCUGCACCGCCGGGGCUGACAGGAAGCUGAGGCUUCUGACGUCCGAUCUGCAGGACACGCACGAAAUGAAGGUGAUGGAAGGCCACACUGAUUAUAUCAAUCAUUUGGUGUUUGAACCAACAGAGGGGAAACAGAUCGCUUCUGUCAGCGAUGACCACACCUGCAGGUUAUGGGAUCUGGAUGGGAACCUGAGCACCACCUUCCUGCUGCAUUCUCCUGGCAUGAGUGUGUGCUGGCACCCCGAGGAGAUCUUCAAGUUAAUGGUCGCUGAGAAGAACGGGAUUGUGCGUUUCUACGACCUGGUUACCCAGCAGGCCAUUCUCUCCCUGGAGAGUGGGCUGAGCCCCCUCAUGUCUGCUGACUGGUGCCUCACCAACACCAUAAAAGUGGGCGCCGUGGCGGGAAAUGACUGGGUCAUCUGGGACAUAACCCGCUCCAGUUACCCACAGGAGAAAAGACCUGUUCAUGUGGACAAAGCGCGACUCUUCAGGUGGUGUAGAGCCAAUGAGAAUCUCUUCUCCACCACCGGGUGCCCGGGAAAGAUCAGCAGCCAGUUAUUGGUGCAUCACCUUGGUCACCCACAGCCUGUGAUGAUUGGAACAUCCUCUGUUGGGGCGGGGCUAAGCUGGCAUAGAACCCUUCCGCUGUGUGUGGUUGGUGGAGACCAGAAACUGUCAUUUUGGGUGACAGAGAUGUAGACUGAUUUGUAGACAAAUGCUUUAGAAUUGAAGGACCAAAAUGUAUAGGCUUAUUCUGUUUGUUUUUUCAAUAAAGUUAUUUUCAGUAAUGAA